GCGCGGGGCUCGUUCGUCAGUGUGGCGCGGGUCGCGCGCAGACACGCUCGUGCUCUUCAGAUCGACUCGAGAAUAAAAUAAACGGCAAAGUCCGAGUUUCAGCGGAACAGCAGAAUACAGAGGAACGACGUACAUGUGUGUGAUGGAAUCUGCAGCAGUGAACUUUCACCUCUGAUGCUCCGGAUCUCCGCUGAUCUUCUGAUUCACCGGUGUGUGUGUGUGUGUUAUGAGCUCAUCAUGGGUGAAGCCUUCACACACACGAAGCUCUGCGGGAAACAUCUGCGUCUGCUGCUCUUCAUCCUCCUGCCGUGUGUGUGUGGCCUGAUCUGUGUGUGUGUGCUCCUGCUGAUGCUCACAGGUUUAUUUGGGAACGGCCUGCUGGAUGGCGGGGUUUCCGUCUCCAUAGCAACGCUCUCGGUUAACGGCACUGACCCGGUGACGGGUGGUAACGGAUCGGUCCCGACACACACUCCUUCUCACUGGAUGCCUCGCACCGACAGCUCUUCAUCAUCAUCAUCCUCUUCAUCAGUGGGUCCCACUGCUGUGGCCUCGCCUGAUUGGUGGACAUCCGUCUCCACGGCGACAAGCAUGAGCACACAGACCGGUUCCUGCUCUGACAUCACAGAGAGCCAGUGUCACAUGCUGCCGUAUAAUCAGAGCGGCCUGUUGCCGGGGGUGACGGUCGUCAAGAGCAACGAGAUCCAGAUGUUCCUGAAGUUCUUCACCUAUCUGAGUCGGCUGUCCUGCUACAGACACAUCAUGCUGUUCGGAUGCUCCAUCGCACUCCCACAAUGCAUCAGCCACAGAGAUCACAGUGUGUCUCUGGUGCUGCCGUGUCAGUCGUUCUGCGAAGCGGCCCGUGAAGGCUGUGAACCCGUCCUGCAGAUGUUCAACACGUCCUGGCCGGAGUUCCUGCGCUGCUCCCAGUUCUCCAACAGCACAGCGCUCUGCUACACGCCGCGCCACGCCACGGGGAGACUCUCUGUGUGUGGAGGAAGCGAUCACUUCCUGUGUGCGACGGGAAUAUGUGUCCCCCUCAAACUGGUGUGCAACGGAUACAACGACUGCGACGACUGGAGCGACGAGGCCAACUGCUCUUGUGCAGACGGACAGCACGUGUGUGCGACCGGUCGCUGUGUGAGCGCUGACCUCCUGUGCGACGGCUACGACGACUGCGGCGAUCUGAGCGAUGAGCAGAACUGUGUGUGUGAUUCGGCGGAAGAGCAUCGCUGUGGAGAAGGACGCUGUGUUCCUCGAGACUGGCUCUGUGACGGAGACCACGACUGCCUGGACAAGAGCGACGAGACGAACUGCUCGUGUAAGUCCCAGGGUCUAGUGGAGUGCAGGAACAAGCAGUGCAUCCCCAGUGCCUUUCGCUGCGAUGGUGAAGAGGACUGUAAAGAUGGCAGUGAUGAAGAAAACUGCACACAACAACAGACUCAGGGUGUGUGUCCUCCUGGUCAGUCCAGUUGUUCUUCCUCCUCCUGCUCCUCUGGCUGUCAUGGAAACACGUCAUGUGACCUGCGCAACAACACUGGCAACAACUGCAGCGUGUGUGAGCCCAUCUCUGUGGAGAUCUGCAUGAACCUGCCGUAUAACUCCACGCGGUUCCCCAACUAUCUGGGCCACCAGUCGCAGAAGGAGACGUCGCUGAGCUGGGAGUCGUCGCUGUUCCCCGCGCUCGUGCAGACGCACUGCUACAAGUUCCUCAUGUUCUUCGCCUGCACUGUGUUAGUGCCCAUGUGUGACCCGGUGACGCAGCAGAGAGUGCCGCCCUGCAGGUCUCUGUGUAAGAACUCAAAGGAGCACUGUGAGUUAGUGCUAGGCAUUGUGGGAUUGCAGUGGCCAGAGGACACAGACUGCGCUCAGUUUCCAGAGGAAGGUCAAGCGAACACUUCCUGUUUACUUCCUGACCCGGAUGUGAACGAGUGCUCUCCCAGUCACUUCAAGUGUCGCUCGGGAAGGUGUGUGCUCUCCUCCAAACGCUGCGAUGGAUACACAGACUGUGACGACGACAGCGACGAGGAAACAUGCGGCUGUGUGGAGCGGGGCUUGUGGGAAUGUCCUGGAGACAAAACCUGCAUCCGUCAAAACAUGAUCUGUGACGGGUUCCCUGACUGCAGCCAACAGGAGGACGAGAAGAACUGCUCCGCAUGCAGCAGUCAUGAGCUGGAGUGUAACAAUCAUCAGUGUGUUCAGCGGUCGCUGUGGUGUGACGGCAGGAGACACUGUUCCGACAGCUCAGACGAGUGGGACUGCGUGUCUCUGUCCGACGAGGGCUUGCUGCUGGUGUAUAAGGCUGGGCUGGAGUAUCAGGUGUGUGCGGACGGAUGGAGCUCAAACCUCAGCAGCCUCACGUGCACACAGAUGGGUUUAGGUUCUCCGGUCUCCUCAGAUGCAGUGCUGGAUGUGUCUUCUUCUGCGGGACGGAGGCGCUGGCUGCACGUCGACCCAGAAUCAAGUCCACAGAACAUGAUUCCUCUACAGGGCCGGCUGGAAAAACGAGGGCAGAGCUGCCCAUCAUACAAGAGGAUCUCACUGCAGUGUGCAAGAGACGAUUGUGGGCGACGCCCUGCGGCCCGGAUGGUGAAGAGGAUUCUGGGAGGCCGAACGAGUCGCCCGGGCCGCUGGCCGUGGCAGUGCUCACUACAGAGUGAACCCAGCGGACACAUCUGUGGCUGUGUGCUCAUCGGGGACAAGUGGGCUCUCACUGUCGCUCACUGCUUCGAGGGGCGUGAGAGCGCAGACGUGUGGAAGGUGGUUCUCGGGAUCAAUAAUCUGGAUCAUCCUUCUCCACACAUGCAAACGCGGCGAGUGCGAAGCAUCAUCGUUCACUCGCGCUACAACCGUGCGGUGGUGGACUACGACAUCAGUGUGGUGGAGCUGGAGUCCGAGGUACUGGUGACCAGUUACGUGCGGCCCGUCUGUCUGCCUCGCUUAGGGACGCUUCCCAAACCGGACCAGUACUGCCACAUCACCGGCUGGGGACACGUGGGCAACAGAAUGCCGUUUAAGCUGCAGGAGGGGGAAGUGCGGAUCAUCUCCGUCUCUCAGUGUCAGUCUUACUUCAACAUGAAGACCAUCACGUCACGCAUGCUCUGCGCCGGAUACGAGGCCAGAACCAUCGACUCCUGCAUGGGUGACAGUGGUGGGCCGCUGGUGUGUGAGGAGGAUGACGGCCGCUGGUCUCUCUACGGUUUGACCUCCUGGGGCUCCGUGUGUUUCUCUAAGGUCCUGGGCCCCGGGGUCUACGCCAACGUCACUCACUUCACCCAGUGGAUCGAGAGACAGAUCUACCUGCGCACGUUCAGCCUGCUCUAGACGCACACACACACACACACAUCAUUCCGUGCGCUCGUCUGGACUGUCCCACACACACGCUUCACUCGUGCUGGUGAUGCUGGACUGAUCCUCCAGGGGGCGACGGUGUCCGUCAGAUUCAGGAUCUGCUGUAAACAUGCGGCCAGUGAAACUCCUGCUCCAGCCGACAGAAUCAGAGCGCUUUAACACACAUGAUCCAGAAACACACAUGAACGCCACACACAGCUCCUGCCGUCACACCACGGGCCGCUCACACCGACGACGAGGACGAUACAGCGCUCUAAAACUCUUUCUCAGUAUCACAGAACAGCAGAGAUCACGGCGAUGACGAUAGAGACACGAGACCGCUGGGAUCACCGUCAGGACCAUUUCUUUCCAGCUGUCGAAUGAUAAAACACGGACAGCCAAUCAGAAGUCGCUCGAAUCUAAAGGAAUCGCGCAUUUAAAGCGACAGGCAACGAAAUCCACCCGUGUUUGACGGAAACAAUCGUUCGCACGCUCUGAGUAAACAGUCAGAAGUUCCUCCUCUGCAGUCGCGGUGAAGAAGACUGGUGUUGUUGUGCUAACCCUUUCCCUGAAGGGGUGUGUGUAAGACGGACAUGACACCUUCAUUAUCAUCACAUGACAAGUGUGUUGAAUAUGAAGUAUGUUUUCUGCCUGUUCAUGACGUUUUUAAAGUGUCGUUCUUAAUGCAAAUCUGACAUUGUUUGAGAUGUCUUUAUGAUAUCUUGACAUAAACCGAUACAUCAUAACCUGUCAGUGUCAUGACAACUUGACACUAAAUGAAGUUAAUCUGUCGUGUGAUUGGCUUUGACAUUGGCUGUCAUGAGGCAUUAUAACUGUGUCAUGAAUAUUUUUCAUGUCCUUAACUAGAGAGUUAUAAUGCUUCAUGACAGCCAAUGUCAAACCCAACCACCUGACAGAUUAAUGUAAUGUUCACCCAUGAAGCUCAGUGGUUUCUUAAGUUUGAUAAUUCAUCUGCUAAUGACAUCAGGUUGUGUUGUCAAGCUAUCAUAACAAACGCAUCUUAAACAAUGUCAUAUUUGUAUUAAAAAUGUCAUAACCGAGCGAAUGACACUUAAUGACAUUCGUCAGAAACAUGCAUAAAACUUCAUAUUCAACACACUUGUCAUGUGAUGAUGAUGAAGCUGUCAUGUCAGUCAAGUUCAAGUAAAGUGUUCCCGUUGUGUGUACUGCACUAUAUGGACUCGAUCCCGCUAGCUUCACUCGACAGCGCGCUGAGGCCCCCUGCUGGAGACAGUCUGUAAGUGCACCACGGCCCGCAGCGACGUCACACACACCGCUAUCGCUAUCGUUCGCUGGUGUGAUCGGCCCUUACAUCUAUAAACAGCCGUAAUGAAAUAUAUUCUGAUAAUUAACAUUACUUGGAUUGUCCUGAUAGAUGGACAGCCUCGGCUCAAACUCGGCGCUCGCAACGCCAACGCCACGGGUUCGAAUCCCAGGGAAAGCGAUGUUGCUUGACUUCAGUGUGAGUCGCUCAAAUGCAGAAAUGUAAAUACAGUCAAACCAACAUCGGACACCUUCAUCAUGUCUCACAUCAUCAUCAGUUUAUAAACAUGAGCAGAACUCAGUUCUCAGAUCAGUGGAUAUUGGACUGGUUUUGUCCGUCCUUCUUUUAUAGAUAAUACCAGUUCAGCUCAACCAGUGACCAAGCAAUGCUUCAUGUUGUAAAAGAGCAUUAGCACUAAAAAGAGUCAUCGUCACUGGUAGUCUCUGUAUGAAGAAUAUUUGUGUGUCGUGUCCUGAUCACGCUAGCGACACAUGCAUUAUAUCCGGUGUCUGAGUGAUGUUUGGUUUGACUGUACAUCAAUAAUUACCCAGAAGUCAAAGCGCAGCUGUGCGUGUCUCUGUUAUACACGUCAUGAAGCCUGUUGUGAUGAUGAACAGGUCUGAAGUGUGUGUGUGUGUGUGUGUGUGUGUGUGACGUGUGUGUGAAUGUUGCCGAACACACUUCAGGCUCACACCAGGUCAAAGGUCAAAGGGCUCCUGCUGCUCACCUUCUCUUCCUCUGCUGCUAUUGGUCGGUUCUGUGAAUGACCGGACUCAGCCAAAGUGUAGUGUUGUGUUUCUGCAGUGCUCUCCCGCUCGUGUGUGUGUGUGUGUGUGUGUGUGUCGUGGUUUCGUCACGUGUGUUUUAGUGCAACAUUCCGUGUUUUAAAGAGUAUUUUUGUACUGAUUUUGAGCACAUGAAGCCGUGAACAUGAACUCUGUAAAUACAGUCGUGUAAAAAUGUGCAUUAAAUAUUUCUAUCCAUUA